AUGGGCAGCCUCACCUCCUUCCAGCCGACCCUCAACUUCCCCAAGUUAUCCGAGAGCGUGCCGGCCCGCGUCGCACCCAGAAAGGAGGAAGAUGCGCGCCGCAUGCCACCGCCUCCUCUUCCCAAAACUCGCUCGACACCACUGCUCAGGGAUAAUGGCAAGACGAAGCGAGACGAAGCGAUGGACGAGGACGUGAUCGAGCUCAUCGACAGUGACGAUGACGAUCCAAGGAAGCGGUCAUUGGAGAGUGAAGAUAAACGCAAGCCCGAAGCCAUGUGGUCGGAGUUGUACAAGCCGGUCUUACAGAGCGAACUCGCCCCAGGGAAGGCACGGGUUGAGAGCGUACGCGACUGGCUGUACCAAGCAAUCCAUGGGAUGCCUGAGGCUGCCGCGCUCAAAGGCGAUCGACCCAGUCAGAUGCUGCGUGAUCGUGUACGCAAGUAUCGGCGGAUUCUGCUCGUCACCGGGCCAGCGGGCAUCGGGAAGACUACGACUGUGCAACUACUCGCACGCUCAUUGGGCGUCGACCUUGUUGAGUGGACCGACAGCGUGGACGAGCGAGGGCUUGGAGGAUAUGACGUCGAGUCCAGCCUCAACAAGCUCACUUCCUUCCUCUCGCGCAAUUCGUAUGCACCAUUGCCGACUUCUGAACACUCCCGACCAUCACGACCACGCGUGCUCCUCAUGACGUCGUUGCCGAACCUCUCCCAUUAUCCGACACGAGAAGGUUUCCACACCGCCCUCCUCCAGUUCUGCAAGAGUUUCACCUCGACGACAUGCCCGCUCGUCAUCGUCUACAGCGACGCUGGAGCUGGAGGACGAGCAGAAGAGAGCUGGCGCGAGCGUGACCGAGGCGGACUAGAGAGCGCGGCGGACCUCGUGGGGAGGGAGGUUAUGGGUACUGCAUGGUGUUCUGAGAUUGAAUUCCUCCCACUAGCGCCGACGUUUCUCAAGAAAGCAAUCAGCCGCGUACUAGAUCUCGCGAUUGAGGACCCGUCACAACGCCCAGAACCGGCAGCCGUGCAGCUCAUCGGGCUCACAUGUAAUGGCGACCUCCGGUCGGCUAUCAAUUCCUUACAGCUGCUGUGUACAGGUCGAACAUUGCAGACCCUCAAGAAGCGCAAGACUGGCAAGCAAGAGAAGCGCGGACGAGCAACCGGCAAAGGCAGCCGGGGCGGUCGUGGCGCCAAAGUCGACGUCAGCGAGGAAAUCCGUGCCGCCCUAGACUCAGUGACGCGACAAGAGCAGUCGCUUAACCUGUUUCAUGCUCUGGGCAAGGUGUUGUACAACAAGCGUGUGGGGGAUCCGAACUGGGAGAAAGAGGAUGAGGAGGCAAAGCAAGCUGUUGAGAACCUCCGACCACCGGAUCCACUUCCGGACCACCUGUUCGAGUUCGAGCGUCGCGCAUCGAUGGUGCAGAUGAAUGCAUUCGUCCCCACCAUCCCCGUCGACGCGUCUACCUUCGCGCUAUGGAUUCACCAGAACGUGCCUAACUUUUGCACAGAGAUAGAGGAGCUCUCGGCAAUCUUAGACGACUUCUGUGUUGCCGAUCUCAUGCGGACUGAGGACGAUAUUUGGCAGUCCAGCCCACAAGCUAUCUCGUAUGCUCUGCAAAUGACUGUGCGAGGAACAUUGAUGGGUCUUCCAUCGCCGGUACCGCGGUCCAACCAAAAGGUUACCAAACCGCAGUUCUUCGAGACCUUCCGUAACGAGCGCGACAACGGCAAGAGGGUGGACGAGGCCGCAGCCCACAUGGCCAAGAAGAUCGUCGCAUCCAGCACGGCUGUAGCCGACGGGAUUCUGGAUCCUGAGCAAGCGCCCGUAUGGGGUGGCUUGCUUCCCAAAGUCACUCUAGCGUGCGAGGUGAUCCCAGAAGCUAUCAAGAUCCAAGCGUUUGGCAGACGGCCGCUACUCCCGCGUUCUGUGCAACAACUGACGAUGCCACCGUACACCGCGUACAGCUCGGCAGAUGGGGAAACGCUCUCUGAGCGCGACGUGACUGGUGGUGAGGAGUACGGGACUGAAGUUGCUGGGGUGGACGGCAUGGGUGUGCCUGAUGGCCAAGGGUGGGAAGUAUGGGAUGAAGAGAUGGCCGAGGAAGAGGAGGCCGAAGACGAGGUGUUGAAAGAGGACGACAUUGAAGACUGGUCUGACUAG